CCCCCCCCCGCGUGACCGCCCCGACCCCCCCCCGUGACUGACCGACCCCCUGUGACCGACCCCCCCACGCCCCCGUAACCGACCGACCAACCCCCCCGUGACCGACCCGCCCCCCUGUGACCAACCGACCCCCCCGCGACCCCGUGACCGACCAACCCCCCCCGCGCCCAACUGACUGUCCCGUGACAGCCCUGCCCCCCAUGUGACCGACCCACCCCCCACGUGUGACCGACCCCCGUAGCCCCCGUGUGACCGACCGACCCCCCCCGCCCUCGUGACCCGCGCCCCCGUGACUGACCGACCCCCCCCAUGUGACCAACCCGCCCCGGGGACCGACCCCCCCCGCGCCCACCCAACCCCCCCCACGCCCGCCCCCCCAGGGACUGACUGACAGACUGACACACACGCACCCCCUCCCCCCGGGGACUGACGGACACCCGACCACCCCACCAGGGCCCGACCAACCGUGGGCCCGACUGACUGACACCCCCUGCCCCAGUGACGGACCGACCCAACCGGGCCCAACCCUCCGCCAGUGACCGACCGACUCCCCCACCGCUGGGCCCGACUGACUGACUGACCAACACUCCCCCCCGUGUGACCAACACCCCCCCUCCCCUGGUGACCAACCCCCCUGCCUCCCUCCCCCCGUGACUGACUGCCCACCCCAACCCCUCUUACGUGCGCAGCCACUGGCCUGCGCUGGCCCUGACCCCAUCCCCCAUCCCAUCCGCUAUUGGGGGGGGGGUGACUGACGGACCCUUGGCUGCCCCCUCCCCUGGUGCAGCCCCCGGCACGAUGGCCCGGCUGAGGCGCAGAGCCUGCAUUGCCCUCUUCCUCUUCACCCUCUUCAUCUUCGGCACCAUGAUGGGCCUGCGGACUCUGAAACCCUCUGACGGCUUCUCAGACCUGGCCCCAGGGCUGGAGCUGGCGCCCUUCGCGGAGCGAGGGGAAAGGCGCUCUGUCUCCCAUGAGGCCAUCUCCCGGCCUCAGGUGGCUACCAGCAGUGACGCCAAGGCACCAACACCGCCCGUGUACUACGACCUGCACAUCUUCUACUACAUGUGGUAUGGGAACACCCACUUCGAAGGAAAGUACCUGCACUGGGACCAUGUCAUGGUGCCGCACUGGGACCCCAAGAUAUCUGCCAGCUACCCCAAAGGGCGGCACAGCCCCCCAGAGGACAUUGGCUCUAGCUUCUACCCUGAGCUGGGACCUUACAGCUCCAGGGACCCUGAAGUGCUGGAGGAGCACAUGAACCAGCUGAGAGCGGCAGCAGUUGGAGUCCUGGUUUUGUCUUGGUACCCACCUGGUCUGGCAGAUGAUAAUGGGGAGCCAUCAGAUAGUCUUGUGCCAUUUAUCUUGGAUGCUGCCCACAGAUAUGCCAUAAAGGUUGCCUUCCACAUCCAGCCAUACAAAGGGCGCGACGACCACACUGUGCAUGAGAACAUUAAAUACAUCGUAGACAAGUAUGGAUCACAUGCAGCUUUUUAUAAAUGCAAGACCAGUACAGGACGGAGCCUCCCAAUGUUUUACAUAUAUGAUUCUUACCUGACACCCCCUGAAUCCUGGGCCAAGCUCUUCACCCAGUCAGGCUCUCAUUCCCUCCGCAAUACCCCUUAUGACGCAGUGUUCAUAGCACUGCUAGUGGAAGAAGGACACAAGCAUGAUAUUCUCUCCGCAGGAUUCAAUGGUAUGUACACAUAUUUUGCAUCCAAUGGCUUCUCUUUCGGCUCAUCCCACCAGAACUGGAAAGCUAUCAAAGCCUUCUGUGACUCAAACAACCUGAUGUUCAUUCCCAGCGUUGGCCCAGGCUACAUUGACACUAGUAUCCGCCCGUGGAACAACCACAACACUCGCAACAGAGUCAAUGGAAAAUAUUAUGAAACGGCUCUGCAGGCUGCACUCAUGGUGAGGCCAGAGAUAGUCUCCAUCACUUCCUUCAAUGAGUGGCAUGAAGGCACUCAGAUUGAGAAAGCAGUGCCCAAGAAGACACUAACACGCCUCUAUCUGGACUACCUGCCUCAUCAGCCCAACAUGUAUCUGGAGCUGACCCGCAGGUGGGCAGAACACUUCAGCAAGGAGAAGGAGCAAUGGCUGAUGUGAUUAUUAUGUACGGGAAGCCUUCAGAUAGCCGGUCUUUGCUUUAUGAGAAGGGUCACGUUAAAAAGAAUCGGUUGGGAAAAGCAGAUUAUGGGUCACAGUCUCUGUUCAGGACUGAUGCGUUUGUUCAGGUCGCUAAAUAGAGUGUUCUCCAUGAACAGCCCUAAGGCUGGUUUGAGCACCAACUCCACAACCCCAGGAGGAAAUGUUAGUGAGCAGAGGGGUCUCUAAGCAGCAGUCUGUUCUAUUGCAGCUGUGAGUUUAGUACAGAUGUCCCUUUUAAAGCCCUGCUGGAGCUGAACUGGCCUGUAAGUGACCAGGCCAGGGAAUGAAUGAGCAAGAGAUCUGUUUUUCUUACCAUGCAUAUGUUUAGUGUGAUAUUUUAGAUAUUAGCUGGGCUCCUACCCCCAGCAUGUAUUUUAUCCUAUGCCCUUCACCAGUUGCCUGCUGAUUACAUAUUCCACACACCACUAGCAGCUCUGACAAUUAACUUCCCUUAUUAGCUGGUUGAAACAAAGAGUUAAUUGUUCCUCAAAAUUGUUUAUUGUAGAACAAACCUAUGCAAUUAAAUACCCUUUGGGUUGGGUGGCGUUAGUGAGCCACUGUAUCCAAAUAACUAAAAACAAUUAGAGCUGGAAUUUAACCUAUUAUCUGUAUUGGCAACCAAUGAACUGCAGUGAUCUGUACUAAAUGCCCUUUUAGUGUUUCACAUGUUCAAAACUUAGCCUUAACUUUCUUUUAUCUCCUCUCUAGAAUCAAGUGAAGUGUGACCACUUGCAAUAAAAUGUAACUGAAAAUACUAAUGUGUUUUCCCAGAAGGAAGUUACAUCACUAUAGAAUAAAUACCCUUUUUUGUAACUAUCGUACAUCCAGUCCCUUCUAAAUUUGGUGUUUUAAGAACUCAUUUGUACUUGUCUUUUUAUCAAUAAAGUGAGAAGUGGCAGCUUUAGAUCUGA